AUGGCGAGCGAGCUGGCCAAGAGCUUCGGCCUCGGCGAGGCGGCGGCCGCCGGUCCGGGCGGGAUUGAUUUUGCGUCGGUGUCCGGAGGCGGCGGGUUGGGCUUGGACCAAAUCGUGAAGGAGGGGGAGGAUGCUCCUCCCGGCGUCCUGUUGGAGGUCAAGAAGGAGGCCGUGAUGCUGCUGGGCGGUGGAUUGGGCGGGGAGCCUGGCCCGGACCAGCCUCCCGUGUUGGGGAUUGGCGAUUUCGUUGCAGAAGGGGAUGGUUUGGGGGCAGCGAUUGAUGCUGAGAUGUGUACUGUAGCUGCUGGUGAUGCUGAUGCUAGUACCGUAGCUGCCGUUCAUUCUGCGGCUAGCACCGUAGCUCCCGUUGAUGCUGAGAUGAGUGCAGUAGCUGCUGUUGCUGCUGACAAUAUUACCAUGUCUGCUGUUGACUCUGACACUAGUGUCGUAGCUGCUGUUCAUGCCGAGACUAUUACUAGGGCUUCUGUUGACGCUGAGAUGAGCACCGCAGGUGCUCUUCAUUCUGAUACUAGUACCGUAGCUGCCGUUGAUGCUGAUACUAGUACCAAUGCUUCUGUUGAUGCUGAGAUGAGUUCUGGGGCCUUGGUAAAUGAGGAAGUGGAGCGUGGGGGAGGCAAGGAGGAGGAGGAGGACAACAAGGACAAAGAGUCGGAGAGCAGUGAGGAUGAGGAAUUAAGUGAAGCCUCAUCGAGCAGUGAUGAUGAUGAGGAGGAGCCGGCCAAGAAUGAUGAGGAGUCAAGUGAAGCCUCGUCGAGCAGUGAUGAGGAAGUGCUGGUGGCCAAAAAGCAUAGUGGUCCCAGUGACAUGGAGGCCCUCCUUGAAGAGGGUGAACUGAUGGUUGGACUCGAGGAUGAGGAUGAUGACGAAACACCAAAGGGUCCUAUCAAGUCCAAACAUGAAGUAGAGGUAUUUCCUCCAGUUCCAAAGAUUGAAGUGCAGUUGGAACCACAUCAUAAGGCACUUCCAGUGGGAACAAUUACAGCUAUCAUGGGGGAGAGAGUGAUUGUUGAAGGAUCAGUGGAACACAGUCCCCUGACUGAGGGUUCUAUACUCUGGAUAACUGAGAGCAGGACACCACUUGGCAUUGUUGAUGAAAUAUUUGGACCUGUGAAAAACCCUUACUAUCUUGUGCGGUAUAAUUCCGCGGAAGAAGUGCCUGCUGGGAUCAGUGCAGGAACUACUGUCUGUUUUGUUGCGGAGUUUGCAGAUCAUAUCCUAAAUAUGAAGGAGCUAUAUGCCAAAGGCUAUGAUGAAUCUGCUGACCAUGAUGAGGAGGCAGAUGAACCUGAAUUCUCUGAUGAUGAGCAGGAGGCUGAGUACAAAAGAUCACUACGACUGGUAAAAAGGCAGACUGAUAGGCCGCAUGAUUCUAAGAAACCUUCUGGUGACAAGAAGAGGGCGCAGACCAGGGGUGCUGGAUUUCGAAAUGACAUGCCACCGAGGACCCACGAUACACCGACAUCUGGUCACCAGUCACAGCGUCGUUUCCAUCGCUCGGAUAUGGCUGACAGUGUGACACAUCAGUCGGGUCAACAAAAUUAUCUGAUGAGUACACCAAGGGACAUGCCACCUAGAAUCCAUGAUGCAUCAACACCAGAUCGCCGACCACAGCCUCGAUUUCACCGGUCUGAUAUGGCAACUGCUGUUGCUGACAGCGCAACACGACAAACGGGUCCUCAAAACUUCCCUAUGAGCGCACCAACAAUGCUGCCAUCAAUCUCAAUGAAUCAUGCUAUGCCAUCACCUGUUCAACUUGCAAAUCAGAUGGGCAGUUGCUUCAUCAAUCCACAGCAGUUCUCUCAGCUGCCAAAUAUGGUUUGGCCCGGCGGGCUUCCACCUCCAGGGCAGCCAAACAUGGGAGUUGAUGGAGCUGCUCUUGCAGCUAAUAUUAUGCAGAAUAUACUUAUGGGAGCCAACCAGUUCCAGCAGUAUUUACAGAAUCAGAACUUUGGUGGCUUCCCAAAUGGAAUGCCCAUGGCCCAGCAACAAUUUAUGCCAGGGAGCACAAUGAGUGCAAACAUGAUGCCAUUUGGUGGACUGCCGGUAAAUCAUCCUUUUGGUCAGGCAUCUCAAUUUCCUAUGGGGCAAGGCAACUUUGGUCAGUUUCCACACAUGGCUGGCAACCAAGCGCCACCUGCUGGAUUUCCCAACACCCAAGGAUUUGGGCGCUUCCCAUCACAACAUGAAGAUGGAGAUCAGCCUCCUGGAAAUGCAAACAUGCAAGGAGAUGGGCGCCUCCCAUCACCACACGGAGAUGGAGGCCAGCCUCCUAUGCAGUUCAAUUCCCUACCAUCACCGCACGGAGAUGGAGGCCAGCCUCCUAUGCAGUUCAAUUCGCUACCAUCACCCCACGGAGAUGGAGGUCAGCCUCCUAUGCAGUUCAAUUCGCUACCUUCGCCCCGUGGAGAUGGAGGUCAGCCUCCUAUGCAAUUCAAUUCGGGGCAGUUUAAUCAGGGGAACUCAUCCUUCCGUGGUAGAAGACCACAACAACGUGGAGGCCGACAUUCACCAGGGAGAGGUGGUGGUGGCGGACGGCAUCGCAAGUAG